AUGCAUAAGAGUGUGAGAGGGGAGAGACUCAAAGAGGAGACAGAGAGAAGGGGAAUGCACAUGAGUGAGAGAGGGAAGAGGUUCAAAGAGGAGAUAAAGAGAAGGGGAAUGCAUAUGAGUGUGAGAGGGAAGAGACUCAAAGAGGAGAUAGAGAGAAGGGGAAUGCACAUGAAGAGAGAAGAGGACCCAAAGGAGAUAGAGGGAAGGGGAAGCAUAAGAGGAGUGUGGAGAGGAAGAGACUCAAAGAGGAUAGAGAGAAGGGAACAGUAUAUGGAGGAGAGAGGGAAGAGGCUCAAAGAGGAGACAGAGAGAAGGAACGGACAAGGAGAUGAGACCCAAAGAGAGAGGAACGCAGAACCAAAGAGAGAGAUAAAGAGAAGGAGUGGAAAGACCCAAAGAGUGAGAGAGGGAAGAGACCAAAGAGACAGGAAGAGAAGAAGGACACAAAGAGGACCCAGAGAAGAGACCCAAAGAGUGACAGGAGAGAGAAGGGAACGGAGAGAGGGGAAGAGACCCAAAGAGGGAGGAGAGAGAAGGGAACAGAGAAGGAGUGAGAGGAAGAGACCCAAAGGAGAUGGAAGAGAAGGAAUGGAAGAGGAAAGAACCCAAAGAGGAGAGAGAGAAGGAACGAGAGGAAUGAGACCCAAAGAGAGAAUGAGCAGGGAGUGGAGAGAGAGAAGAGGACCCAAAGAGGACAGAGAGAAGGGAACGGAUAGGAGUGAGGACCCCAGAGGAAAGAGAGACAUGGAACGCAGGAGAGGAAAGAGAGAGAGAAUGGAACGGAGUGAGAGAGAGAGACCCAAAAAAGAGGACAGAGAGAAUGGGAACGAGAAAGUGAGACAAGACGGAGAGAGAAGAGAACCCAAAGAGGAGACAGAGAGAAGGAACGGGAACGAGAGGAAGAGGACCCAAAGAGACAGGAGAGAAGGAACGGACAUGAGAUGGAGAGACCCAAAGAGACAGGAGAGAAGGAACGUGAGGAAGAAGACCCAAGAGAGACAGAGGAAGGCACACAAGUGGAGAGACAGAAGGAAAGAGAGAAGGAACGAACAUGAGGAACGACAGAGAAGAGACCCAAAGAGACAGAGAAGGAAAGUGAGAGAGAGAAGAGACCCAAAGGAGGACAGGAGUGGAAGAGACCCAAAGAGAGUGGACGAGGAAGAGAGAAUGGAACGCAGGAGUGGAGAGAGGGAAGGAACUGAAAGACAGAGAGAAGGUGAGGACCCCAAAGAGGAGAUGAGGGAACGCACAGAGAGAAGACCCAAAGAGGAAGAGACCAAAGAAGAGACAAAGAGAAGGAACGAGUGGAGGAAUGGACCCAAAGAGGACAGAGAGACCAGAGAAGAGGACCAAAGACAGGAAGACAUGGAGGACGAGAGGACAGACAUGGAACGCACAGAGGAGAAAGGGAAGACAGAGAAAGGAACGCAGAGAGAGGAAGAGACCAAAAGAAGAGGAAGGAAGGGACGGAGAGAACCAAAGAGUGAGGAGAGAGGGGAAUGCACAAGGAGUGAGGAGAAGAGACCCAAAGAGGAGGACCCAAGAGAGAGAGAGGACCCAAAGAUGGAAGAGAAGGAACGGAAGAGGGAAGGACAAAGAGAGGAGAAGCACAUGGAAGACAGGAAGGAGAGAGAAGAGGAACCAAAGAGGAAGAGAAGGAACGGAGUGACAGAGAGAAGGAAGAAGACCCAUGGAGACGGAGUGAGACAGAGACCCAAAGAGGAGAGAGAAGGAAACGGAGUGGAGGAGAGACCAAAGAGGACAUGA